AUGGUGGCAGACACCGGGAGCUGGCGCCUUUACGCGCUGCUGAGAUUUUUUUAUUCACUAUUCUUUCCUGGACUGAUUAUAUGUGGAGUUCUGUGUGUAUAUUUGGUCAUUGUCCUUUGGAUAGCCAGGAGACAUCUACAGAGAAAGAAAAAGUCAGUCUCAACCAGCAAAAAUGGAAAAGAACAAAUGGUGGUUUCCUUUUCCCAUCCUUACUGCAAUGCUGGCGGUGGAGGAGAAAGAGUUCUCUGGUGCGCUUUGAGAGCCCUGCAAAAAAAGAAACGCUACCUUGUGGAGGAUUCUCGGUAUCCCCACUUCAAAUGGCAGGGCCAAAGCCUCGGAUCUGUUCUUCUUGGCUGGGAAGCUCUGACACAGCGUGUUCCUGAUGUUUACAUCGAUUCAAUGGGAUAUGCGUUCACACUGCCUCUGUUUAAAUACAUAGGCAGUUGCUGAAUUGGGAGCUAUGUCCACUACCCCACUAUCAGCACUGACAUGCUCUCUGUAGUGAAGAAUCAAAACACUGGAUUUAAUAAUGUAGCUUUCAUUAGCAGAAAUGCUCUUCUCUGCAAAGCAAAGCUCAUAUACUAUUAUUUUGUUUAUGGACGUGUUGUUCCUUGCAGUGAUGUAGUCAUGGUGAAUUCUUCCUGGACACUAAACCAUAUUCUCUUGCUGUGGAACGUUGGCCAUUGCACUAACAUUGUUUAUCCACCUUGUGAUGUACAGACAUUUCUGGACAUCCCCCUACAUGAGAAAAAGGUGACCCCAGCAUAUUUGCUGGUUUCCAUUGGCCAGUUCAGGCCUGAAAAGAAUCAUAAUCAUGUUUUUCAGAUCAAAGCCUUUGCUAAGAUGUUAAAUGAAAAGGCAGCUGAGUCAUAACCUUCACUUAAACUUGUCCUUAUUGGAGGGUGUAGAAACAAAGAUGAUGAACUUUGAGUAAGCUAGCUGAGAAAACUGUCUGAGAAUUUGGGAAUCCAAGAAAAUGUGGAAUUUAAAAUAAACAUUUCAUUUGAUGAAUUGAAGAAUUACCUAUCUGAAGCAACAAUUGGGCUGCAUACCAUGUGGAAUGAGCAUUUUGGGAUUGGAAUUGAUGAGUGUAUGGCAGCUGGCACAAUUAUCCUUGCUCACAAUUCAGGAGGCCCAAAGUUUGACAUUGUCUUUCCUCAUGAAGGACAAAUAACUGGAUUUCUGGCUGAGGGUGAAGAAGGCUAUGCUGAAACCAUGGCUCAUAUUCUCUCUCUGCCUGCAGAAAAGAGGCUUCAAAUCAGAAGGACUGCUCGAGCAUCUGUGAGCAUGUUUUCUGACCAGGAGUUUGAAGUGUCAUUCCUGUCUUCUGUGGAGAAGUUAGGGACAACUGGAAAGGCAUCAACCCCAACCUCUCUCACUAAGCAGGAGCAACAGAUGAACAAGUUGGAUAAACUGACCCAUCAACUUGAGAUGCUAACCAAUGAAAGGAAUGAACUCCAAGGAAUCCUGGCCAAUUACACGAACAAGGAUUUGAACAACAGGCUGAAUUUUGAACUGGAGUUGCUGAAUAUGGAGCAUCAAAAAGUGAUGUUGGAUCUGCAGAAAUUACCCAAGGAGAUUAAUGAGGCCUUGCAGAAGUGCAAGCAGCUUACUGAGGAAACUGUCUCCUGCAGGAUUCUCCACAACCAGGUCCUGAAUGAGUGGACUCAGCUGAAGGAAAAAGUAAGGGUGCUGAGAGAGGAGAACAGAAAACUUCGACGGGAGCAGAUUUCACUACAAGAGUCCAGUGAGGAGAUGAAGAUGCUCUGUGGGGAGGCCCAUGAGAAGAUCUAUGAACUCUCGGCCAAGGAGAUGCUGAAACAGGAAAAAUUGGAGGAAAGACUGCAAUACCUGCUGAAGCAGAGAGAUCUGGUCACCAAGCAAAUGAUCCUGGCAGAAAAGCUGCAGCAUCACUUCACGGUCUCCCAGAAGAGGUAG